CACAUCUUCAAGUGUAAACUUUUUGCUUGGUCUGGAAGUUGUUUGUGAUCAUCUUCUUGUUCUUCCCCUAAAGAUAUAGAUAUCCUAUAAAAUCAUGGGUUUUCGUCUGCCUCGUAUUGUUCAUGCUAAGAAAAUUCUUCGAGGAUCACUCUUCACAGCAAACCAAGAUGCUUCAAAGGCCACAGAAGUUCCAAAGGGCCAUUUUGCAGUUUAUGUUGGAGAAAACCAAAACAAGAGAUAUGUGAUUCCGAUAUCGCACUUGAAUCACCCUUCAUUCCAAGAACUGCUAAGUAAAGCUGAAGAAGAAUACGGAUUUGAUCAUCCAAUGGGUGGUCUUACAAUUCCCUGUAGAGAAGAUGUGUUUGUUGAUCUGUUGUCUAGUUUGAACAGGUCAUGAAAGAGUACUUUGGCAUAAUUCAGUACUUAACAAUUUUGUAUAGCAGACAUAAAUAGUACAUGUAAAUUUUUUAUUUUCUUCCAUGGGAACCAUGGAAAAUAGCUCUUG